GACUUCGACGUGACGCACAUGAUCGGCAAGGGCGCCUUCGGGCGCGUGCUCCUGGCGUCGAAGCGGUCCGGGAGCGAGCGCGGCCGCGCGUUCGCCGUCAAGGUGCUCGACAAGGAGGUCGUCCGCGCGACGGGCCAGGCGGCGCACACGCGCGCGGAGCGCGAGACCCUGGCGUCGCUGCGCCACCCCUUCGUCGUGCGCCUGCGCUACGCGUUCCAGUCCAAGGAGCGGCUCUACCUCGUCACGGACUUCUACGCGGGCGGCAGCCUCGAGCGCCACAUGGACGACGCGCACCCGACGGGCCUGGGCGACGCGCGGACGGAGUUCUACGCGGCGCAGCUCGUGUCGGCGCUGCGCCACUGCCACGCCGCGGGCGUCGUGCACCGCGACAUCAAGCCGGGCAACGUCCUCGUCGACAGCCGGGGCUACUGCGCGCUGACGGAUUUCGGGCUCUGCGCGCUGGGCGUCCUCGAGGACGGCGCGCCGCUGCGGUCCUUCUGCGGCACCGUGACCUACAUGGGGCCCGAGCUCCUCGUGGGCCAGGCCUACGGCACGUCCGUCGACUUCUGGGCCCUCGGCGCGCUCGUCUUCGAGAUGGCGUCGGGCCGGCCGCCGUUCGAGGACGCGAACCGGCGGCGCAUGUUCUACGCGAUCCUGCACCUGCCGCCGCCCUUUCCUUUGGACUUCUCCAACGAGUUGAUCGAUUUGCUGAGCGGGCUGUUGGAGAAGCGGCCGGAGCGGCGCCUCGGCCUCAAGCGGUCCGCGUAUUUCGCGAACGUCGACUGGGCGGCGCUCGUCGCGCGCCAGCUCGCGCCGCCCUGGGUGCCG